GCUGCGUUGCUUUGGAUAGUGACUGGUGAGUUAUUCUAAUGCACGAGAGAAUAGACUUGCGGGUGGAAGUGAGAUCACUGGACAAUGCCACCUGCUUUGUGGACAGUGUGGGUCUUGGGGUCUGUAAUCAGCUUCCCCAAGGAAGGAGCCUCUGAUCAGGCUUCUUCUCUGUCUUGUGACCCCACUGGUGUCUGCGAUGGCCGCUCCAGAUCUUUAAACUCCAUCCCCUCAGGGCUCACGGGAGCUGUGAAAAGCCUUGACCUGUCCAGCAACGAAAUCACCUAUGUCAGCAACAGCGACCUGCGGAGGUGUGUGAACCUCAGGACUCUGAGGCUGGGGGCCAAUGAAAUUCACACAGUGGAGGAAGAUGCUUUUUUUUCGCUGAGGAGUCUUGAAUAUUUGGACUUAUCCUAUAAUCGUUUAUCUUACUUCUCAUCCUCCUGGUUCAGAUCCCUUUCUGCCUUAAAAUUCUUAAACUUACUGGGAAAUUUAUACAAAACACUCGGGGAAAGAUCUCUUUUUUCUCAUCUCCCAAAUCUGCAAAUCCUGAAAGUAGGAAAUAGUAACAGCUUCACUGAGAUUCAGGAAAAGGAUUUCGCUGGGCUAACUCUUCUUGAGAAACUUGAGAUUAAUGCUCCAAAUCUGCAGACAUAUGCGCCAAAGAGUUUAAAGUCAAUCCAGAACAUCAGCCAUCUGAUUCUUCAUCUGAAGCAGCCUGUUUUACUGUUGGAGAUUUUUGUAGAUAUUUUAAGUUCCUUAGAACAUUUAGAACUGAGAGAUACUAAUUUGAACACUUUUCAUUUUUCAGAAGUAUCCAUCAAUGAAACGAAUACAUCGAUUAAAAAGUUUACAUUUAGAAAUGUGCAAAUCACUGACGAAAGUUUUACUGAAGUUGUGAAACUGUUUAAUUAUGUUUCUGGAGUCUUAGAAGUAGAGUUUGAUGACUGUACCCAUGAUGGAGUUGGUGAUUUUGGGACAUUGACUCUGGAGACAAUUAAAUACCUAGGUGAUGUGGAGACAUUAACAAUACGGAAGUUGCAUAUUCCACAGUUUUUCUUAUAUCAUGAUCUGAGUAAUAUAUAUUCACUCACAGGAAAAGUUAAAAGAAUCACAAUAGAAAACAGUAAGGUUUUUCUGGUUCCUUGUUUACUUUCACAACAUUUAAAAUCAUUAGAAUAUUUGGAUCUCAGUGAAAACUUAAUGUCUGAAGAAACCUUGAAAAACUCAGCCUGUGAGCAUGCCUGGCCCUUCCUAAAAACCUUAGUUUUAAGGCAGAAUCGUUUGAAAUCAUUAGAAAAAACUGGAGAAAUUUUGCUUACUCUGAAAAACCUGACUAACCUUGAUAUCAGUAAGAAUAAUUUUCAUUCAAUGCCUGAAACAUGUCAGUGGCCAGGAAAAAUGAAAUAUUUGAACUUAUCCAGCACAAGAAUACAAAGUUUAACCCGUUGCAUUCCACAGACACUGGAAAUUUUAGAUAUUAGCAAUAACAAUCUCGAUUCAUUUUCUUUGAUUUUGCCAAAACUCAAUGAACUUUAUAUUUCCAGAAAUAAGUUGAAGACUCUACCCGAUGCCUCCUUGUUACCUGUGUUAUUAGUUAUGAGAAUCAGCAGAAAUACAAUAAAUACUUUCUCUAAGGAGCAACUUGAUUCUUUUAAAAAACUGAAGACUUUGGAAGCUGGUGGCAACAGCUUCGUUUGCUCCUGUGACUUCCUGUCUUUCACACAGGGGCAGCAGGACCUGGCCCAGGUCCUGAUCGACUGGCCAGAAGAAUACCUGUGUGACUCUCCAUCCCCCGUGCGGGGCCAGCGGGUUCGGGACACCCGGCUCUCGCCUUCUGAAUGCCACAGGGCAGCCGUGGUGUCUGCCGUGUGCUGUGCCCUUUUCCUGUCGCUCCUGCUCGUGGGAGUUCUGUGCCACCGUUUCCACGGACUGUGGUACAUGAAGAUGAUGUGGGCCUGGCUCCAGGCCAAGAGGAAGCCCAGGAAGGCUCCCCGCAGGGACAUCUGCUAUGACGCCUUUGUGUCCUACAGUGAACAGGAUUCCUACUGGGUGGAGAACCUCAUGGUCCAGGAGCUGGAGCACUUCAGACCUCCCUUUAAGUUGUGUCUUCACAAGCGGGACUUCAUUCCUGGCAAGUGGAUUAUCGACAAUAUCAUUGACUCCAUUGAAAAGAGCCACAAAACCAUCUUUGUGCUUUCUGAGAACUUUGUGAAGAGUGAGUGGUGCAAGUACGAGCUGGACUUCUCCCAUUUUCGUCUCUUUGAUGAGAACGACGAUGCUGCCAUUCUCAUUCUGCUGGAGCCCAUUGAGAAAAAGGCCAUCCCCCAUCGCUUCUGUAAGCUGCGGAAGAUCAUGAACACCAAGACCUACUUGGAGUGGCCUGCUGAUGAGAUGCAGCAGGAAGGGUUUUGGUUAAAUUUGAGAGCUGCAAUAAAGUCCUAGGAUCCUUCAUUAAGAGUCAGUCUUGGUCUGGUGGUGGUCUUUCUAUCACUAGUUAUAACUAAGUCCAUUCUGACCCAAUUGUAUGUAAACUAUAUGAAUGAGGACUUGCUUACUGAA